AGCAGCAGAAGUUUUUUAAACUGUCUCUGUCGUCCUGCUGCGCGCGCGGACACACACCGCUGCCUUUUUUUCUUUUUUUUUAACAAACCUCUUGUCAAAAUGUUUUUGUGGCUCAGACGUUCAGCCUUUGCCUCGGGUGAUCCCGCCAUGUAGCCUGCGCGCGCCGGACGGAUCUCUGGGGGGAUAUUUGACUGGAUCUUUGCGGUUCGAGAGCUGCAGAGCGCGCGGCUGGCAGGCAGGUCUGGUGUGCGGGGAUCCGGUGACCGCCGGGGCGGACUGGCUGCACCAUGCUCCGGCUGUGGGUUACGCACUGGAUCACAGCCGUGCUCCUGUGUCGGGCGGUGGCACAGUAUUCCAGCGACCAGUGUAGCUGGCGAGGAAGUGGUUUGAGCCACGAGUCUCAUCGCAGAGAUGUGGAGCAGGUCUACCUCCGCUGCUCUCAGGGGUCUCUGGAGUGGCUUUAUCCCAUCGGGGCCAUCAUUGUCAACCUGCGGCCGAACACUGAGUCUUCAUCAGGACACAUGGCGGGUCUCCAUGUGUGCAUCAAACCCUAUACUUACUCCCAGGGUUCUCAUGUGUAUUUGGAGCGUGCAGGAGAUCUGAGGCUGCUGCUGGCAGAGGUGGACCAGGCUCAGGGCACAGUGCACUGUUUCAGCCUGGCAGAGGGGGUUCUCUUUGUGGAAGCCAUCCCACAAGCAGACAUCAGCAGGAGGAUCACAGCUUUCCAGUACGAGCUGGUGCCCAGUCAGGGGCCUGGGGCACACAUGUUCCCAUUCCUGCACCCUGGUGAAGUCACCUGUAAACCCUGUUCAGAUGAAGAGCUCCUCCUGGCUGUGUGUACCAGUGACUUUGCUGGAAGUGGCAUCUUUCAAGGUGUGGCGUCAGGUACUAACGACCACUCCCCCGCUGUGGUGACCCUGAGCCGGCUGUUUCGUCAGAAGAGCGGGGUGUUUGCCUGGGGUGGAGCCAGAGGGCGGAGCUGGAGUGGACGCGUCAAUGUUCCCUCACAGUGCGGUGUCCACCCUGGAGGAGAUGAGUACCUUUUGACCGGCUCUGUCCAUUUUGGCGAAGCCUGGCUCGGCUGUGCUCCUCGCUACAAGGACUUCCUGAAGCUGUACGUGAGAGCAUGGGAAAUGGGAACAAACCCCUGUCAAAUCAACACAGACUGAGAGCAGGCUGAAAUCUGGAGGAUGGAGUGACAUUAUCUUUGGGUGCCCUGGCCAUGCAGACUCUGUGGUGCUCUGAAACUUACUUUAGCCUCGCAGCAGACUGUCCAAGAUUUGGAAUGUUUUAGUCACCAGUGUGCUGCCUAAACUCAGAUGUCCCCAUUUGACUCUACUUGUAUAUGGUGUGUGUAAAUGUGUUUGUGCCUGAGUGAGACAGCAACUGAAUAGAUGGAUGGAUGAUAAGCUUAAAUUAAAUUUGUACCUAGCUGCUUAAAGUUUUUAUUCUCAUGACAAUACUGCUUGUGUGAUCAUUCUUGAAAUGAAAGUUUGCUUUGUAAAAAGCUUCCUGUAAAAUUUAGGAGUCUUCUGACAGAAGUGUACAGUAUGCAGCUCUGUGAGUCUUGAUGUACUAAGUUUGUGUGUGUGUGUGUGUGUGUGUGUGUGUAUGUGUGUUUUGCUAAUGAGUUCAAAAGGUCUUUAUAUUUACAGAAAAUAAAAUGCAAUUCUUCAGCAUG